AUGGACUACGAGGCUUUGAAAGACCAGUGGAAUGAUGCGGAGGAGCGCGAUGGCGUUCGAUUAAGCUGGAAUACCUUCCCAAGCACGCGCAUGGAGGCAUCUCGGCUUGUGGUCCCCAUUGGAGCUGUAUACACCCCAUUGAAGCAGCGGCCAGAAGGCACCUUGCUUCAGUAUGAGCCGGUUACCUGCAAGAUGCCUUGCAGGGCGGUCCUCAACCCCUUUGCCAACGUUGAUAUUCGUGCACGUAUCUGGAUAUGCCCAUUCUGUCUCCAACGCAACCCUCUUCCGCCGCAUUACAAGGAUAUCACCGAAAAUGCCAUCCCGCCGGAGCUUCAUCCGGAGAACAGCACCGUUGAAUAUCGGCUAGCCCGCCCUGCGCCUGCACCUCCAAUCUUCCUAUAUGUAGUCGAUACGUGUCAAGAGGAAGACAGUUUGAAGGCAUUGAAGGACUCCCUCAUCAUGAGCUUGUCCCUCCUGCCUGCCAACGCUCUUGUCGGCUUGAUCACCUUUGGAACUAUGGCCCAAGUCCACGAAAUUGGAUAUACUGAGUGUGCAAAGUCAUAUGUUUUCCGGGGAAGCAAGGACUACUCUGCAAAGCAAGUUCAGGAAAUGCUUGGCUUGCUCGCUCCCAAUCUCAGAGUCGCUGCACCACAGCAGCCUAACCGCCCAAAUCCGGCAAACUCGCCAGCGGCCCGAUUCCUUCUCCCAGUCCAGCAGGCAGAUUAUCAGAUUACAAAUGUCCUCGAACAGCUACAGCAAGAUCCCUGGCCCGUUGCCAAUGAUAGACGUCCACUAAGAUGUACCGGUGUUGCUCUUAGCGUUGCGAUUGGUCUGAUGGAGACCUCAUUUCAGGGUGCUGGUGGCCGGGUAAUGUUGUUCACAAGUGGACCAGCAUCCGAAGGCCCUGGUCUAGUUGUUGGCCCUCAACUGAAGGAACCAAUCCGUUCCCACCACGAUAUCGACCGGGACAAUAUUAAAUAUUUUAAGAAAGCUGUCAAGUUCUACGAUAACCUAGCAAAGAGAGCAGCCCACAACAGCCACAUUGUGGAUAUAUAUGUUGGCUGUCUUGACCAAGUUGGUUUACUGGAAAUGAAAGGUCUGGUUAAUUCAACGGGUGGCCAUAUGUUGCUCACCGACAGCUUCACCUCGUCUCAGUUCAAACAGUCUUUUGUUCGGAUCUUCGAUAAAGAUGAGAGUGAUAACCUUACCAUGGGGUUCAACGCAUCUUUGGAAGUUCUCACUACUAAGGAACUAAAGGUUACCGGCUUGAUCGGCCAUGCUAUCUCUCUCAAUAAGAAGUCCAGCUCGGUUGGUGAAACUGAUUGCGGAAUCGGAAACACCUGCUCUUGGAAGAUGUGCGGAAUUGACCCUGCUGCAAGCUACGGCCUGUUUUUCGAGAUUGCCAACCAAGGUGGGCCGGCACCUAUGCAGCAAGGCCCUCAUCGAGCCAUGAUGCAAUUCUUAACUUACUACCAGCAUUCUUCCGGACAGUACCAUCUCAGAGUCACUACCAUUGCUAGACCCCUCAGCAGCCCUGCCGGAGAUGCAGCUCUUGCCCACUCGUUCGAUCAAGAAGCUGCAGCAGUUUUGAUGUCUCGUAUCGCAGUCUUCAAGGCGGAGGUUGAUGAUGGUCCGGAUGUUCUAAGAUGGGUUGAUCGAAUGCUUAUCAGACUUUGCUCGCGAUUUGCCGAUUACAGGAAAGACGACCAAACAUCGUUUAGACUUGAGAAGAACUUCAGUCUCUACCCUCAGUUCAUGUUCCAUCUUCGACGAAGUCAGUUCUUGCAGGUAUUCAACAACUCGCCAGAUGAGACUGCUUUCUACCGACAUGUUCUCAACCAUGAGUCGGUCAGCGAUUCUCUAGUCAUGAUCCAGCCUACCCUUGACUCCUACUCACUUGAGCACGAAGGCAGUCAACCAGUGCUAUUGGAUUCUGCCUCCAUCCAUCCAGCCCACAUCUUACUCCUAGAUACCUUCUUCCAUAUCCUUAUCUUCCAUGGUGAGACAAUGGCAGAAUGGAGGAAAGCUGGAUAUCAGGACCAAGAAGGCUAUGAGAACUUCAAGGCAAUUCUUGACCAGCCAAAGGAAGACGCAAGAGUAUACAGCCCUGCCCAUUAG